AUGCCUCACGCGACAUCGGCCUCUCCGGGUCCCGAGGUCGAAGACGCUGACUUUGACAAUGUCAUGCGACAGAUGAACGGCCCCCCAACAGGCGGCAUUUCCUUCGACUUCCUGAACCGAGAACUCGAGCCUGGCGAAAAGGCAGACGAUGCGAUAGAUUACGAGGAUUUCGAUGACGACGAGCUCCCCGAGGAAGAAGAAUUAUCCCAACACAACGCGCGAGCAGUGGGGGCGAAUGGGCUUGAUAUUCCUGAUGAAUCGGACGAUGCUCUCUUCGGAGGUGGCCACGAUGACCUGUUCGGGGCGCCAGAGAAAGAUGAGCAGGCCCCUCCUGAUGAGCUGGAUGAUUUGUUCGGGGAGGCGCCUUCGUCACCGCGUCCCGACCAGGCCGACGAGACUCGCGACCUCUUUUUUGACGAGGAGGAAGAACGCCCACCGGCAGUCGAGCGCCCACAAGAUACUCAAAUGGAGGAAGAUCAGGAGUCGUUGCAGGAUGAUGGGGCGUUAACUCCGAUUGCUGAUGAUAUGGACCCAGCCUCUCUACGUGCCUGGAAGCUACAACAGGCUCUGUUUGCCAUGUCGAAUGUCGGUCCCGACAACCCUCCAGCUCCGCCUGAGAAUGUCGAAGAACUGCUCCAAUCUUUGUUUCCCAUGUUCGAGCGCACUACGCUACCCCGAUUCCUCGAACUCAUCCCUCAUAAAAAGGCCACUUAUGCUGGCAAGCCACCAGCGAAGCCGCCAAAGCCGGUUCUACCAGGGAAGGUGAAUAUUGAACUAUCGCAGGACCAGGAGAAAGUGUUUAGGUCUGGAGGGCAAGCCUUCAAGCGCUCGUUGGAAGCCGAGAAUCACGGCAUUGUUCCGGUCGCCGAGAUGUCACAAGAAGAGGAAGAAGAGGAAACCCGGGACGAAUUUGAUCUUGACUACGAGUCUGAUGAACCACUGCCCGGUGGCAUCACUGCGGAAGAUCUUCGCGUCGUCUGUGCGGACUGGGAUGUUCGGGACGACAUUUCAAUCAUGGAAGUUGAUGAACCUGCAGUUGUGGAGAACGCAAACGCCGAGGAUAACUGGCUAUUCGAAACCACGAGGCCAGCCAAGAAACGGAAACUCGGUCGUGAUCCCAUGGAGAUCAUUUCAUUAUCGCACAUUGAAUUGCCUCUCCUCGACGAUCCCGAGCAAGUAAGCUCCAAGGUCGCGCAAAAGGUCACGUUGGAUCUGAACGAUCCGCAUAUGCUGCUCGAUGAGCGGGGCCCCGACACUGCUAUAUCCAAACCUAAAGCAUCGGGCGCCCGCAGUAGAGAUGAAAUGGAUGUCAAUGUCACUCGUCGUCUCACGGCACGCUAUAACAUCUCUAACGACCAGGCCUACGAUAUGCUCAAACAGAACCACCAGAACAAGGUCCGCAGUACCCUGGGGAAUGUCGCACUAGAGCACAGUAUGCCAGCGUUACGGUUACAGUGGCCUUACUACAAGACAGAGCUGGCCAAGGCCGAGGCGAGAUCCUUCCACCGUCCAUCAUUGUCAUUCCGACCGGGACAAAGCUGUUGGUUUAAGAAUCCUGCUUAUAUCAAACGCAAGCACCAGAAAGGCAAGGAUAUCCGUCAACUCUACGAUUCAACCAAGGCACUUUCUAUGGCGGACAACUCCCAUGUUCUACUGGUUGAGUAUUCCGAAGAAUCACCGCUUGCUCUCUCGAACUUUGGUAUGGCCAACCGCAUCAUCAACUAUUACAGGAAAAAGAAUACAGAGGACCCCACUCGUCCUAAGGCCGAGAUUGGGGAAACGGCAGUACUCUUGCCUCAGGAUAAAAGUCCCUUCUCUAUCUUCGGACACGUCGACCCAGGCGAAGUCACACCAGCCAUCUCAAACUCCAUGUAUCGUGCACCCUUGUUUGCGCAUCAAGCAAAAUCCACAGACUUUCUCGUUGUUCGCAAUAGUACCGGUUCAGGUGGCAGUGACUACUAUCUUCGCAACAUUGAUAACAUGUUCGUCGCUGGGCAACAGUUUCCGUCUGUUGAUAUCCCCGGACCUCAUUCUCGAAAGGUUACCACGGUUGCGAAGAACCGGAUGAAGAUGUUGGUCUAUCGCCUACUAAAGAAGAGUCCAGAUCUUCGGCUGUCCAUCAGCGACGUUACUGCUCAUAUCCCUGGCACGAGUGACAUGCAGAAUCGUCAGAAGGUCAAAGACUUCCUUCAACACGAUAAAGACACCAAGUACUGGGUGCCUCUGGAACCAGUGCCAGAGCAGGAUACGAUACGAUCGUGGGUGCAACCUGAAGACGUUUGCCUGCUGGAGGCGAUGCAGGUGGGUCAACAGCACUUGCACGACACCGGGUACGGCAACGAUGCGGAAACCGGAGGUGACGAUGAUAACGAUGAAGAGUCUGAAAGCUUCGAGCAGCAAAUGGCACCGUGGAAAGCUAGUCGCAACUUCUUACUUGCGUCGCAAGGGAAGGCUAUGCUUAAACUGCAUGGCGAGGGUGAUCCUACCGGGCGUGGCGAAGGAUUCAGUUUUAUCAAGACGUCAAUGAAAGGAGGAUUCAAAGCCAUUGGCGAAAGUGUCGAAGAUAAGUUGGACGCCCAACGGUUGAAAGAGCUCGGCGGUCAUAGCUAUAAUGUUGCACGACAGCAAAAAUCAUACGAGACCUCUAUCCGGCGGAUCUGGGACGCCCAGAAAGCCAGUUUAUCGUCCACCAUCGAACACUCGGACGAUGAAGGUAACUUAUCGGAUGAAGAGGAAGAUGAUUUCAACAAGCCUACCCCGCGCUCUGAAGCUCCAACGCCCGCUCCGGCUCGUCGUGACGAUGAGACGACCAGUCAGUUCAGUAAAAUGAGCCGAAUGAGCAUGUCUGCCCAUAAAGGCAAGAUUCUACGCAUCAUCCGCCAGGUCCAAGAAAAAGAUGGUGUCCAUCAGAAAGAGACUUUGGUGUCAGAUCCCCGAGUCAUCCGUCACUAUCUGCAGCACCGACACCGUCUUGAGUCGCUCACCACAAGACUUGACUGCCUCAAACCCACAGGUGAUCCUGAGGUGGACGCCCGAAACAGGAGACUCAUCGAGCAAGAACUGAGCCGCCUAAACCGCAACAAAGAACGCCGCUUCGCGCGCGAGAAGCAGAAAGGUGUCCUUCGCACAGACUCCCCCGCGGAUGGAGCCCCAGGAAACUCCAAGUCAGCUGGCACUCAGCGCAAGUGCGCCAACUGCGGCCAGGUGGGCCACAUCAAGACGAACAAAAAGUGCGUAUACAACCGCGCUCGCUCCGCCGGAGCAGCCGAUGGCUUCCCUGCCUCCUUUGAUAUCACGCAGUCCUUCUUCAUCAACCCCACCCCUACCUUUAAAUCUUAA